CGAAUCUGGGCCAAAUGACGAACGAAAAGUAAUCGUAAAGAUUAUACAUUCACCUACUUUCAAGCGCGAGCAACGAGAAGACGAUGUGCUCGCGAGAUAAUACCGUUUGAAGGCGUCUGAGAAAGUCUCAUACGGACUGAAGUCAAUAUUGUUGGUUUCGAGAAAUUGGUUACCUGCAGUCGCAGUCUCACAAUCUCUAUUUGCUCCCAUGGCGCAUCAAGGACACACUACAAGUUCACCAUCUCUGGGAUCUUGCACUCCAGAAGGCCUUGCUCAUUAUAAAGCCAGAAUGAUGUCGAGACAGUCCAGUGAUCUUUCCCUUCUGAGGAUGGUUCCUCCACUACCCCAGCAGUACAUGUCUCCAGCAUCCCUGCCAAUGAUCAGACCCAACUCGGCCUACCUGCCUCCUGGCUGCUUAAUUUCUCCUGCUUCUAUAAAUAGCAAUUUUGGUUACAACAUUCUACCAGCACACUAUUUUUCACAGUUUCAUCAAAAACCCUGCCCUCUCUUCCCAGACAACAGCAGCUUUACAACCGAGUCCUGUUCAAAUGGGCAAUCUGAAAUGCCCUUUUUUGGGUUUGCAGGUACAGUUUGGGACUCAAAGUCCAAAAAACCAUGCAACUGCACAAAGUCCCAGUGCCUGAAGCUGUAUUGUGACUGUUUUGCUAAUGGUGAUAUCUGUAGCAACUGCAACUGCAUCAACUGCUGCAACAAUGUGGAACAUGAAACAGACCGAUUCAAGGCCAUUAAGACGUGUCUUGAUAGAAACCCUGAAGCCUUCAGGCCCAAGAUAGGAAAUGGAAAGCUUGGAGAAAUCAAAGGCCGACACAACAAGGGCUGCAACUGUAAACGCUCUGGAUGCCUGAAAAAUUAUUGUGAAUGUUAUGAGGCCAAAAUAAUGUGUUCAUCUACUUGUAAGUGUAUUGGUUGUAAGAAUUAUGAAGGAAGCCCUGAAAGAAAGACUGUGAUGACUAUGGGUUGCUAUGACGAUGACACAAGUUCCAGUCUCUUGAAGCACAACACACCCAAAGCAAGGUGUGAACAAAACAGGUGUCCUCUUGCAUGUAUCACAUUCGAUGUGAUCGAGGCAACAUGUGCUUGUCUGCUUGCUCAGGCUGAAGUAGCAGAAAAAGAAGGUUAUUCUGUGUAUCAAGCUGAGCAAAUGAUUUUGGAGGAGUUUGGGCAAUGCUUAACACAAAUCGUCCAGUCAACAUUGAAAUCUGGUGGGUUAUAACCCUAGUGUAUUUAUAAGCUGUGCAAUUGAUUCCUCUUUUUUACAUUGAUACCCAAUAUGCUUUUGUUAUUGUGCAAUCAUCUUUAGAUUCUUUUUCAUUAAUAAAUCGUCAUUUUGGGUUAGAAUUACAAAACCAAAAUAUUUUACUUUGCAGCACAGCAUAUAUUGAGAUGUUUCGCAAAUUACAGAAACUGGGUUCUUCUGUAUUUAUAUAUAAAGGAUUAAAAUAUAAUACUAUAAUGACUGAACAAUACCUACAUAGAAACUCUAGUGGAGCUACUUAGAAUACUGGCAGUAUUAUACUGACCUUUUUAAUUAUAUCCUGUUGCACUUGUGUGGAUCUUUCUUAAGCAGCUUGAUUUCAGGAUUUUAAUGUUUUUUAAACUUAAAACCCUCUGGCUCAGGGUUUUCACAUUUUUAGUCAUUUAAAUGCCUUUUAUUUUUUUUAUUCAAAAAGAAAUAUAUAUUGGACAGUGUAUAUAGAGUUACUAGUUUCAAGUUACUAUAUGUUAAAUAUUGUU